UGCGGACGGCACACAUUUUCCUUCGGUAAAUUUUCUUAUAGAAUUAUCCUAAUCGUUACGUGUGAAACAACCCGAAAAUGGCCAGCAGUCGUCUAGAGAAGAUUGGCACAAUCGUAUCUCGUACCCAAGGGCUUUUACGUUCCGGUGCAAUGAAAUGGGAUGACCGACCUCUGUGGUACGACAUUGUCAAGGCAUUUCCUCCGAAGGAAGAACCGCGUUUCGAUCGCCCUGCACCUAAUGUUUCCGUGAAGCCCAUCUUCUACCCCGAGGAUAUCAUUCGGUCGAAAUUCCAUAAACAGAACCGAAACCAGUACGUGACGAACCUGGCUGACACGCGCAACAAAACCGCCACGCAGCAUUUCGUAGAGAUCUAUCAAAACUUACAACAGCAGGGAGCAUUGGACGAAGAAAAGGUAUUCGAAACGGCUCAGGAACUGCUGGAUGAAAAAUUGACUCAGUUAAAGUACGAAAAGGCGGCCGCACCCGUGGGGCAGCAGCCGACGAGUGUUGCUCCGACGCAGUUGGCUAACGAUACGAAAGCUAAAACCGUUCAAUUGGAGGAUAUUUUCAAAGAAUAGAAGUUUAGUCUUGGUUAAUAUAGUGGA